AUGGCCGCUACGAGUUCGAGCGACGAGGCUCGUGCGGUGUCUGCUGCUGCCUCCUCCAGCAGCACUGGAAGCAGCGGCACAGGAGGCAUCGCAACAAAGCCCAAAGCAAUCCCGCCUUAUGCGACACUAGCGUUUGGAGCGGUGUCUGGCUUCGCAUCGUGCGUGCUACUGCAACCGUUUGACCUGCUCAAAACACGCUUACAGCAACUCGACCAUACCAAACCCGCGGCUUCGUUGCCGAUAGCUGCUCCGCAGUACGCUUCUCGCACGGCGAGGCUCGUUGCUAUCACCAAGGAUAUUGUUCGGACGCAGGGGUAUCAGGGGCUGUGGCGCGGUACGACGCCGACGGUGAUCCGCAAUGUGCCCGGUGUGGCGCUGUACUUUUAUUCGGUUUCGCAUCUGCGCCAUGUGGCGAGUCAGCGGCAGAUCCCCUGGAUCUCGGUUGCCGUCAACCCAAACGACACUGCUGCUUCCACAGGCUCAUCGACCCUUGCCAAACUCUCGACUACUGGCAACCUCCUCACCGGCGCAGUGGCCCGCGUCACGGUCGGCUUCCUACUCUCGCCCGUCACCGUCGUCAAGGCACGCUUUGAAAGCAGCAACUUCUCGGCGAGCACGGAACGCACCCUCCUCUCCUCGAUGCGCGAGAUCCAUGCCCGCUCCGGCUUCCGCGGCUUCUUCCAGGGCUUCACAGCCACCGCAUUGCGAGAUGCACCCUACGCGGGGCUCUACCUCGCGCUGUACGAGGCGUGCAAGACCAACCUCUCCGCACUGUCGCACAGCGUCGACGGCGGGCUCGGCACGGGCAACUGGAUGGUCGUCAGCGGAAGCGGUCUGCUCGCAGGCACGCUCGCAACCCUGCUCACCCACCCGUUCGACAUUAUCAAGACGAGGAUGCAGACGACGCCCCCGGAAGUUCUGCACCAGAUUGCCCUCGCCCACGAUCACCCGCUGCACACCUCCAUUGGCAGUGGCGUAGCGCCAGCACCACUAGCAGCAGCUGCAGCGGGGAAGGAAACGCUCCGCAAACCAUCCGUCUGGGGCAUGUCCAAGCAUCUCUGGGCCACCUCGGGCCCAAGAGCCUUGCUGGACGGACUCGGGCUGAGAUGCGCGAGAAAGGCGGCCAGUUCGGCCAUCGGUUGGAGCAUCUUCGAAGGUGGCAGGAGCUGGUAUAGCGAAAGACAGGCCAAGAGGGUGGCUGCUUUCGCGACCGUGCCGAUGGCCAAGGGCGAUCACAAGCAAGUCUAG